CGGGCCCGCGCUGGGCCGUGACGCCCAAUCUCGAGCGCGCGGCGGCCUCCUCAGGGCGGCGGCGGCGGGACCGAACCCGGACCGGACCGGACCGGACCCGACCGAACCCGCGGGAGCUGUGAGGGCCGCGGCCGGCGGGAGGCGUCGUGCGGCCCCUCCGCUGGGGGCGGCGGCGGGCGGCGGCGGCGGCGGCGGCUUUGUUCUUAAGACAUUUUAGCCAUGACUAAGAGAGAGGCAGAGGAGCUGAUAGAAAUAGAAAUUGAUGGAACUGAGAAACAGGAAUGCACUGAAGAAAGCAUCGUUGAGCAAACCUACACCACAGCAGAAUUUGUGAGUCAAGCUAUUGACAUCAAUGAACCGAUUGGAAAUCUUAAGAAGUUGCUGGAACCCAGACUGCAGUGUUCCUUGGAUGCACACGAAAUUUGCCUGCAAGAUAUCCAGCUGGACCCAGAUCGAAGCCUUUUUGAUCAAGGUGUAAAAACAGAUGGAACAGUGCAACUCAGUGUACAAGUAAUAUCUAGGCAAGGGAUAGAGCCCAAGUUAAACAUCCUUGAAAUUGUGAAGCCUGUGGAGACUGUGGAGGUAGUCAUUGAUCCAGAUGCUCAUCAUGCAGAGGCUGAAGCUCACCUUGUUGAGGAAGCUCAAGUGAUAACCUUGGAUGGAACAAAACAUAUUACAACAAUUUCAGAUGAAACCUCUGAACAAGUGACACGAUGGGCUGCAGCGUUGGAAGGCUACCGAAAGGAGCAGGAACGCCUUGGCAUACCCUAUGAUCCAGUGCAGUGGUCGACAGACCAAGUGCUCCACUGGGCGGUGUGGGUGAUGAAGGAGUUCAGCAUGACUGACAUUGACCUCAAUGCGCUCAGCAUUCCUGGGCGGGAGCUCUGCAUCCUCAGUCAAGAAGAAUUCUUCCAGCGUGUGCCACGGGGAGAAAUCCUUUGGAGCCAUUUGGAGCUUCUUCGGAAGUAUGUGUUGGCUAGCCAAGAACAUUCUGGAGAAAUAGCAACUGUUACUAUUGAUCAGCCUGUGCAAAUUAUUCCAGCAUCUGUACAGCCUGCUACCCCAACCACCAUUAAAGUAAUAAACAGCAGUGCAAAGGCAGCUAAAGUACAGAGAGCUCCAAGGAUCUCUGGGGAAGACAGAAGUUCCCCUGGGAACAGAACAGGAAACAAUGGCCAGAUCCAGCUGUGGCAGUUUUUAUUAGAACUUCUCACUGACAAAGAUGCUCGGGACUGUAUUUCUUGGGUUGGCGAUGAAGGAGAGUUUAAAUUGAAUCAACCUGAACUGGUUGCACAAAAAUGGGGGCAGCGCAAAAACAAACCCACGAUGAACUAUGAGAAGCUUAGUCGGGCUUUGAGGUAUUACUAUGAUGGAGACAUGAUCUGCAAAGUGCAAGGCAAGAGGUUUGUGUACAAAUUUGUCUGUGACUUGAAAACUCUCAUUGGGUACAGCGCAGCAGAGUUGAAUCGGUUGGUCACAGAAUGUGAGCAGAAGAAACUAGCCAAGAUGCAGCUGCAUGGCAUUGCACAGCCAGUUACAGCAGUGGCACUAGCUACCGCAUCCCUGCAAACAGAGAAAGAUAAUUAAGCGCUGGGACCUGAAAGUGGGAGCCCGAGGCCUUUCCUAUAUAACCAGAGCAGUUGCUGCUCUUACCUUUAUCAGAAUUGGAAACUCCUUUUGUUUAUUGACAGUACAAUAUAGAGCAUGACUUUCUAUAAAGAACUGGGACUCACAUAAAUUUGGAUCUUUUAACAGCAUAUAUUUUAAUAUAAGUUAAGGGAUCACCACAACUUCUGCAGCUUUGAGUCAGGGCCUCUGUGGUAUGCAAUCUGAAAUUGGUGAGUAAGGUUGAGCUGGUCGGCGCUCUGUGCCCACAGCUGCACAAAGGAAUUUUUGCAGCACUUUUUACAAAAUUGAAGCAGCUACAGCAAGCAGGCUGAUCAGUUCUCUGAACUCAGUCCUCUCCAGUCUUUUGUUCUCUGCUGAACUACCAAAUGGCAUUGAGUGCUUUCAAAGUUAAACAUGUUUGUUAUUCUCAUUUAAUCAAGCAGAGCCGAAAGACAUAUUAAAUGUUUCAAAGCAUCAGGUUCUUAAAAUAGCUUCUGUGUUUAUAAGGAAAGGAAACUGCGACUAGACUGAACUGAAGAUCAGUGCUGAAGAAGGUCCAGGUUUAGAUCUGGCUUAGGUGAAAAGCCAAUUAUGAGUAUUUCAUUGUAAUAUGUAGAUAAUAUACAUAUAUGAGGGCGAGUACUCACCUGUUUUGAAAGACAUCGUUCACGCUAGCCAUUCAGCAAAAAGCAAAGACAAACUUCUUCCCCCACUAGCACCCCCCAUCAGGUGAUUCGGAAACUUGAAAAAAACCAGCCCUCACCCAAAGUGUAGUUUGUUUUGGUGGGGGUUUUCAUGCUCUGUUCUGCAACGUCCUUAGACCUGCACGGUAGCCAACCUUAGUAACUGAAGACUUAAGUUACUCACAGUCAGUAGCCCCUGUUUAGAAACAAAAUGCAAGUUGAAAAUAGUUUUACAGAGAACUGAAGUUUGAGUUCCAAAUUAUUGUACAGUCUGACAUAUAUUAAGGUACAAAGAUGUAUUUUUUUUAUUUAAAAUUAAUUUCUUUCUGAGCUUCAAGUGAUGUUUUUGAAGCUUCAUAAGCCAAACGCAUGCUCCAGAGCCGGGUGCAAUUUGAAGUCUGGGUGAUGAAUAGAAAUGGUUGGAAUGUAUCCUGAAUUCUGAGCUACGGAGAGUAGUUCAUGCAAACAUAUAUGUGCAGUAUAAAAUAGGCUGCAAGCUUUGAGCUUCUGUACUGAUGCCUAUUAGACUAUUUCUUUUCACGGCUGAAAGUGGCGUGAUUUUGGGUUUGCUUUUGCCCCUUUGUGUUAUUAGACUCUAUAAAUACUACGUCGCCAUGCAUAUUUUCCAACUUCUUGUAGGUGAACCCCCCAUUUAACAGCUAACAUGCAAGCGUAUAAGGGAAGACCUUUAAUUCUGUGAGGGAUCGAGCUACUCUUAAACCUUAAAUCAAAAGCACUUGUACAGUGAGGUUCUAAACAUACAAUGUGUUUAUACUGAGGAGCGAGAGCACUGGGCUGUUGCCCUUGAUCUGAGAAGGAGUCGUCUUACUUGCAGGCAGAGGGCAAAGAACACAGAAGACUCAUGUUUAUUUUAAAGAUGCAUUGAGGACAAAGCUUUUUGUUAUAGGUGGAUGGUCGCCUGCAGAUGGGUUUUGCUUACCCAGAAAUCUUGCAGGUAGUUCUAGCCUACUUUUUUCAUCAUCACCACAGUUACGAUUUUUUUUUAACCCAGAUUCUUCCAGUAACUUAAUACUGUUUUCAUUCUUGACUCUUAAAGCACUCCAUCUACUGAGCAUGCUGGUUUUAUUUUGUUUUUUUAAAAAAAAAUCUUAAGCCCUGAGCAAAAUACGUAAGUGCAUCUGUCAAGAGAGGUCAACCAUAAAUCAUUUAUUACUGUUACAGUAGUCUGAUUCCACCAGUUGGCAAGUGUUUUGCUUGCUGAGAACGAGAUGAAGCUGAUCGUUCGGUGGCAGCAUCUGUGUAUAGAACACCGCUCCGUUACUAAAGAGAAGUCCAAUACAAGUUACUAGUUUUACUUAUCAGAGCUCGUGAGAGGCCUUUCUAGUUAAAAUACUUCUAAAAAGAAGAGAAGCUUAAACUAUCAGCUUUCUAGAUCAAACGGGAGUGCGGGGGGAUAAGCUAAGAGCAAAACUGAAAUGGAGUGCCAAUACUUCAUCCCCCUGAAAGUUCCUGUUACAUGAUAAGCCCUCUAGGGGAAACUCCCGGUAUCCCACUUCCUUUGUAAAUAACUCCGAGUUAUUAUUUCGCAGCUUUUCACUAGGUAUGAUAGUCCUUUGGGUUCUCUGUUGUGGGAUCAUCCACUUUUCCACCAUGUUCUAAUUAGUAAGAAGGGCUCUUUCAAACCUUGUAAAAUGACCGUCAUGCUCUCGCAAGUUGAGGGAGAAAUCUGUGACUAACUUGACGUCUUCAAUAAAAUAAAAGAUCUAGAAUAUAUUGUCAAAGAUUUUUCUGUUGCUGCCAGAAGGAAAACGUACAAGGAAUAUUCCCAAUUUUUUGUAAAACGGAAGGCGUUUUGCAUACUUUUUACUCUUUAAAGACACUUAUACUCUGCUAAUAAUUAUGUAUUUCCUUUGUGUUUUGCAUUUUUUUGGUAAUUUUACAUGAAACAAUUAUUUUCUAUUUUUACUCUGAUAAAAUAUUUGUGCAUAAAAUGUCAAUAUAGUAAAAUAAAAAUGUUAUACAGCCUAA